AUGUUCAUUCACGAUUUAGAAAUUGGUUCAGCUUUAGAAUUCAGAGACUUCAUUAUUGGUUUUGCUGAAGGUAUUGAAAUUGCCAUUAACAAAAAUAGUGCAGAUUGUUUUGCUAAUGUUCGUCACUCAUUCAAAGACUUUGAAGAUAGUUUCAGAUUAAUCGAAGAAGGUUUCCAAAGAAAGAGUAUUGGUGCUUUAUCAGUUGGUAUCCAAAAAUUAGGUGCUGCUUUACAAGAAAUCAUCCGUGCUUUUGAUGUUUGCCAAGUUCCAAAGCUUAUUGACGAUAUUAGAGAAAUCUCAGAACAAUUAAAAUCAGGUACUGCCGGUAUCAUCAAGCUCCUCGUUAAAGAAAGUAUCAUCAUCUUUAGAAACCGUAGAGAUUUAACUGCCGAUUUCCGUAAUGGUGUUGCUAACUGGAAAUCAAGAAACUUCCGUGAUUGUGGUAGAAAUGUUGGUCACAUCAUCGGUGUUUUAAUUGAAUAG